UUUGUCCUUCCGCGCUUCUCGUCACACCGACAGCCGCAGUAAACAUGGACAGAGACUGUACUGUCCGCAGAACCAAAGCUCUUCAGAACCACCAGAACCCGCAGGACGAGCCGAGCGGACUCAACGGUCUCGACAACGGACUCGAGCCCGCGGUGCGGAAGCGCAAGCAGAAGCCGGAAGUGAGCGCGCAGCUGCUGUCAGAGGUCACGGGCGGGCUGCUCGUGCUCGGGUUUGUGUGUUUGUUGUGGGUUCUGGUUGUGUUCUCACUACAGCAGCUCGUCAUCAGAUCCAGCGGAGAAUUUAACGCCAUCCGGGCCAGGAAGCAUUUGGAUGAGAUGACCAGUGUGGGUCCGCGGACCGUCGGCAGUCAUGAGAAUGAAGUGCUGACGGUGAAUUAUGUUCUGGGUCAGAUAGAAGACAUGCGUGUGGAGAGCGUGUCUGGAGCUCACAGCAUCACUGUAGAUGUUCAGAGACCCUCAGGUUCUUUCUCGAUUGACUUUCUGGGAGGAUUCACCAGUUAUUACGACCGUGUGACAAACAUCGCCGUCAAACUGGAGCCAAAGAGCGGCGCACAACACUUCAUGCUCGCAAACUGCCACUUUGACUCUGUGGCCAACAGUCCUGGUGCCAGUGAUGACGCUGUGAGUUGUUGUGUGAUGUUGGAGGUUUUACACUCUCUGGUGAAUCUCUCGACGCCUCUCAAACACGGCGUCAUCUUCCUGUUUAAUGGAGCUGAAGAAAACGUCCUACAGGCGAGUCAUGGGUUUAUUACCCAGCAUGCCUGGGCUCAGCAGGUUCGAGCAUUUGUGAAUCUGGAGGCUGCCGGUGUGGGGGGAAAAGAGGUGGUGUUUCAGACAGGUCCAGAGAACCCGUGGCUGGUGCAGGCGUAUGUCCAUGCGGCGGUUCAUCCGUUCGCUUCAGUUGUGGGUCAGGAGGUGUUUCAGAGCGGUGUGAUCCCCUCAGACACAGACUUCAGGAUCUACAGAGACUUUGGGAAUAUUCCUGGGAUUGAUCUGGCUUUCAUAGAAAACGGUUUCAUCUAUCACACAAAGUACGACACUGCAGAUCGUAUCCCCACAGACUCCAUCCAGAGAGCAGGUGACAACAUCCUGGCUCUUCUCAAACAUCUGGCGAUGUCAGAGGAACUGGGCAACUCUUCUGAAUAUCGUCAUGGAAACAUGGUUUUCUUUGAUCUGUUGGGUGUGAUGGUGGUGGCGUAUCCCGCUCGAGUUGGCACUAUCAUAAACUACAUGGUCGCCGUGGCGACCUUCAUCUAUCUGGGGAAGAAAUGCAUGCUGCCUAAAAAUGUGGGUGGUCGGUACAUUCGUGAUCUGGUGUACGGCUCGUGUGUGGCUCUCUUGAGUUGGCUGGUCACUCUGUUGACGGUUCUGAUCGUGUCUCUGUUGAUCACACUGAUGGGUCGCUCCAUGUUCUGGUACACUCAUUUCUACACCGCCGUCUGUCUGUACGGAUCUGCUGCUGUGGGAAAGAUCGUUCUCAUUCACACGCUGGCUAAGAACCUUUAUUAUGGGGGCGUUCGGCGUCUGGAGUUGGGCGAGCUCUUCUUUGAUGUCAGUCUGUUGUUGUGGUGUUGUGCGCUUGUAUUCCUUACUCAACACAAUCUGUGUUCAGCGUAUGUGCCCAUGAUGAUGGUGGUGUUCCCUCUGACCAGCAAAAUACUGCUGAACAAUCACUUCAAACAGAGAGGAGCGUCUCUUCAGUACUCAGUUCUGUAUGUGACGGGUCUCGCUGUGCCGUACGUUCACAUCAUGUUCUUGAUCUGGGUGGUCUUUGAGAUCUUCACACCCAUUCUGGGCCGCAGCGGAACAGAAAUCCCUCCCGAUGUGGUCCUGGCCUCCCUUGUUACCCUGGCAACGGUUGUCCUUUCUUCAUACUUUAUGCAUUUCAUCUAUCUGUGCAGCAGCACCAGGAGGAUGUUGACUGGUCUGGGGUCAGUGUUUCUGCUGAUGUUUCUUCUGGUCUCAUCUGGUUUGUUCUUCCCCUACUCUGGAGAUCAGUCCAGCCCUCGACCCAAACGUGUCUUUGUGCAGCACAUUUUGCGUGUAUUUCACGCUCUGGACGGAUCUGUGGAGCGUCAGGAUUCUGGUCUGUGGAUCAACAGUCUGGAUUAUACGGGUAUGCAGCACAUCACAGCACAUGUACCAGAGAUCAACGACAGCAUCCGCACACGCUGUCAGGACCACCUGCCCUUCUGUGGCUUCCCCUGGUUACUUCCUGUUAAAUUCCUCGUCAAGAAGAAUUGGUAUCUUCCGGCUCCUGAAGUUUCUCCCAGAUCUCCGCUGGAGUUUCAGCUGCUGUCCAGAGAGGAGACCACCUGGGGAUCUGUUAAAAUGACCUUUGAGGCUAAAGGACCGAGUCACAUGUCUCUGUACCUGCGGCCGCACGCGGGCACGUCUUUGAGCCGCUGGUCGUUCGGUGACGGGACGCCACAGUUUGAUCUCAGUGGAGAAUAUUUCAUCUUUUAUUCUCACGGUCUGGACGCACCUGCCUGGAACUUCUGGUUUGAGAUUCAGCCGCACGAGCCCUCAGAAGUGUUCACUGAUGAAGGAAUGAUCUCUCUCGCUCUCUCGGCUCAUUAUUUCUCAGGUUCAGAUCGGAGCUCAGAGCAGCUGGAGUCUUUGCUGAAGAAGUUUCCAGACUGGGCUUUCGCGUCCUCAUGGGUCAGCACAUAUCACAUGUUCAGAUACUGACACGCACACACACACACUCACACACACACACACACACACACACACACACAUACACACUGUGUUCACUGGAGCACAAAACCACGGUACAAACAUCAUUUCACACAUUCCACUGACAGUGUUGUUUGAUGUUCUUGGUUUUAUAUCUUCAAGAAUCCCUGUUUUUAUAAAUCAGCUGUUUGAUUUUUGUUUUGCAUUGUGACAUGAUUCUCACAGCAGUUAUUACACAUUAUUUACUGCUUUUGAGCUUUUACGUUUGAGCUGUCAUUCUUAUUGUGUUACAGUAUUUAUCAAACAGAACACACGACUAUAUUACUAUUUCCAUAGGGGUGGGAAUCAUAGGGUACAUGAUGAUACAAUACAGUUCACAAUACCGAUAUAAUGAUGUGAUAAUUUGACAAUAAUCGCUAUAUAUACGUUUGCCAAUUCUAUAACCAUACAUCACGGUAUCUGCCUUGCUAUGAAAUCAAAACUUUGUUCAGUAGCUAAAUUAAUCAAAUAUAUUACCAACAAGUUUAAUAUUUUAAGGACAAUUAAACAUUUUAUGCUAAAAUUAAAAAAAUAUCUUUGUAAACUGACACACUUCUUUUUUUUAUACUGGCACAUUUUAAAUUUAGCAGCCACUUAUUUAAACCUGGGAACAUAUUAGUUAUAAACAGCUUAAGCAAAAUAAACCUUAAAAACAUUUCAGUGCAGCAACUUGCAUUAAAAUAUACUGGUCAAGCGUCUCCCAGUGGAUCCAUGAUGUAAUAAUGUUAUGAAAUAUAUUCAGUCUUGUUUUAUUAAUCAAUUAAAAUGUUGAUAUUUGGCGCAGUGUAUUAAUUCUCGUAUGGCACGGAGAAGGACGACAAUACAUCGCCAUAUAUAUAUACGGUGUUACACAAUAAAUUUGAGUUAUUUGAUUCAGAAUCAGAAGAUUGGAUGAAUAUCAUCUCUGCUUUUUCCCAUCGUUGUAAUAAACAUACGAGAGUUUAAUUGCCAUGAAAAUGUCACAAUGCAAAAACAAUGUUUUUAUUCUUUCUUUUUUAAAUCAGUUGAUUUUGAACUGGACAUGUUGACAGAUUUCAUGAGUAAGUGUGAUUUUGGUCUUGUAGUUUCACAUGUGAAGCAGGACUGAUGGUUUUUGAUUCUUUAGGUGUUUCAGCUGUCUGACGCGGAACACUGAUGAGACAUUUCAGUUCCAUAUGUAUUAAUAAUAUGUUUAGAUGAUGAAUGUUUCUGUGAUGUCUGUAUGUGUCGAUCAAACUGGAGCCAGAAACUCAGACAUGUAAACUCCUCUCGUAGUCUUCAUCUUUUUAUAUUUUAUGUCUCAGGCGAGUCUCAAUAAUGAAGAAAUCUCUUCUGUUGUAUUUGCUGGAGGAACCAUGGCAACACAGGAUUUUAACUCCUGAAAAUAGGAGUUGAAUGGUUGUUUUUUAUAUUUUUUUACAUUUCAGUUUUACAGUGACCGUGCAAGCCAAAGAUUCCACAUACCAUGGUACUUUUUUUACCGCCUUAAACACAGUUGUGAGCGCUGUGAAGGUGUUCUUGCCUUUAUCUCUGCGUCUGAUCAGGUCUGUUUCCACACAAGAUCAAGUUCUGAUGAAAUGAACCAAAUCAAAGUGUAUGAUUGACAUUCAUCUCUUCUGCUGAUGGUUGUUUUUAUUUAAGUUUAAUGAAGUUGAUUUGAUAGUGUUUGUAUUUUCUUCCACACCAAAUGAAACACUGGAUGAUUAAUGUGAAUGCUGUCGAUGGAAAUCUCUUGAAUCUUUGACUGUUUUAAUCUAUUUAAUGUAAAGUGUCAGUAAUGCAGGUGGUGAUGGUCUGAUGUCAUGUGUUAAGAAUGAAUGAAAACUUCUGUCAUUACUGAUAAAAUCACAUUCUCAAUCACCCGCUGCUUUAAGGUUUCAUACCAGUUUGGAACUUGGUUCUAUUGCAGCAUGUUUGUGUUGUGAUUUGACCUCAUGAUAUUAUGGGAUGUCAUCACUAUGGUCUUACUGGUAUCCAGGAUAUUUAUACACAGUGUUUCUCUGCAUGUGUAACUUGAACAACAGCAACAAAAACUGAUAAAUGAUUGCACAAUGCUGUAAUAUCAUCAACGUCUCUUCACACAAAUGUUUUGCUCUAUUCUUCUGUUCUAUUGUUUUUAUAUGUUGAAUAUCUGUUGUAUUUCCCUGAUUGUAUUUAUUCUGAACGGUUUAAUCAGGCGACAGUAAACAUCAUUUGAUUUGA